GUCCCCGCCGACACGCCCGCGCGCGCAGUCCGGCCCGGCCGGCAGCCAGGGGCCAGCGCCAGCAGGCCAGCUGGGCAGUGCUCCGGUGCCGGCGCCGCCCGCGGCCCCCGAGCCCGCCGCCAUGCUCGUGCAGGGGCAGCCCGAGGCCGCCGCCAGGGCCCCCGUGAGGGCCCCCGUCAGGAGGUCCACCCCGCCACCGAGGCCACCCCCACCCAAGAAAAUGACUACGUCCGCGGUGCCAGCGCAACCGACGUUCACGAAGAUGACGCGACUGCCGUCGAGCAUGGCGAUGUCGCCGCCGUCGGCGCUGGAGCUGCUGACGCUCACGUCCAGGGCGGUGCCGCCGCCGGCUUUGUGCAAGGCGCCGUCGUCGCCCCCGGCGGCGCAGGCCCCGACGACGUUCAUCACCUCGCGGCCGCCGACGCCGCCGACGUUCAAGACGGUGCCCCCGCCGGCGCCGCCGCACGACCUGGAGUGGGCCGAGGCCGUGCUGCGCCAGCUGCGCGCGCUCCGCGCCCGCGCCGCCGCCAAGGCCCGCGCCGCCAACAAGGGCUGCUCGCCGCGCGGCUGCCUCGCCGUGCCCCGGGUGCGCGUCCGGCCCGCCGGCCUCUACAGCGCGUACGCGCGCUGGCGCGCCAGGAGGGUCGCCCCCGCCGCCCUCUCCAGGGUCCAGGAGCUCGACGGCGGCUUCUUCGAGAAGUUCGGCUCGCUGCUGCAGGAGUCGACCGAGCGCGCCGACGAUGUCGCCACCGCAGCCGGAGCCGGGGCGUGCGCCGUCAAGCGCUCGCACCAGCUGGGCGCCGCGCCGCCCUCGGCGAGCUCCGUGGCCGCGGCCGCCGAGGGCGAGUCCGCCGCGGACGUUGACGCCGACGGCGCCGCGGACCCGGCCCUCUCCGACGUGCUCGAGGUCGGCGGCGACGGGGACGUGCCCGCCGUGGCGCUCGGGACCGCCGGCCGCAUGGACGCGUCCGACUCGGAGACCGAGGACGCCGCCGUGCAGAAGAAGGUCUUCUCCGACUCUGUCGGGUGGAAUAUCGAGGAGCUGUACAGCGAGGUGCUGUACCUGCUGCUGCACAAUGUGGGCAGCGACGUCACGACGGCCAGCGACCGCGACGCGCUCUGCCGCCUGCUGCAGGAUGCCUUCAAGAUCGACGAGGAGAAGCACGCCGAGCUGCUGUCGACGGUCGAGGCCAAGGAGGCGCCGAAAAUCGUCUUGAACGUGGAAGUUCUGGAGGCGCAGGAUUUAAAGCCAAAGGAUUCGAACGGGAUGUGUGACCCGUACUGCACGCUCUACCUGUCGUCCAACACGACCCACCGCUACAACACGUCCGUCAAGCAGCAGACGCUCACGCCCACCUGGGAGGAGCACUUCUCGCUGCCGGUGAACAACGCGACCGACGACAUCCUGUUCGUGGAGGUGUGGGACUUCGACCCGGCCGAGACGGUGCGCGAGAAGAUGGGCAAGCUGACGGACAUCAAGGGCGUGCGCGGGCUGCGCAAGCUCGUCAAGGAGAUCGCCGUGACGGCGUCCACGGGCAAGCACGACAACGAGUACAUCGGCACGGCGCAGGUCGCCCUCAACUGCGUCCCCACCGGCGGUCACAUGCAGUGGGUGAACCUGGAGAAGAAGAACAAGACCAAGAAGCAGGGCGUGGUGAAGCUGCGUGUGGCGUUCGGCGCCGAGAAGAACGCCCAGGUCGCCCUCCAGGAGCACCGGCACCUGCUGAGGCUUCUCCUGCUGCACCACCUUGACAGCACGAAGCUGGAGCCAUAUGCGUGGUGUGGAGAGUUUGACGAACUCGCAUCCACCAUCCUCAGACAGCACGCAGUCCAAAGCGGCCUUACUGCCUUUGAUCAAACUCUUGCUCGCUGGGUGGAGUUUUGCUCAGUGCAUGUGGACCAUCCCUUGAGCUUUUAUUUAUUUGCCCAGCUGGGAAACCAAUUGCAGAAACCCAUUACAGAUGGAAUGUUUUCAACAGAGGAGAUAAAACACUUUUGGGAAGCUACUAAGAAAUUCCUGCCAUCCUGUAUGAACUCUGUUAGGAGACUGCGCAAGAUAUCAAACUGUGAUAGGGGCACUCUCUUACAAAUAACAGGCAUAGUAAACACAUUGUCCUCUCUUGCAACACUAACUCCACCAGAAGGAACAGACCUCUUCCCUAGAUCUGUGUAUGGCUGGCUCAGCAAUCCCACAGAUCAGCCAAACUGUGAUAUUAAUGGUGUUUUGUCUGAUGCUGUGAAACAUGGAGCUGAGGAAUGGCUGUGCCAUAUUUUGGAAAACAAUACAGUUGAUGGUCCAUCAGAAGAAGAUCGACUGAGGCAUGUGAUCAAGCUAGUUCAAUUAGUUCGAUCUGAUUUGCUAAAAGCCAUUGAAUACCAUGAUAAAAUUUUCUUGAAAGGUAUUGGGUUGCCUUAUUCAAGUUUGCUGUAUAGAAUAUAUGAGGCAAAGGUUUGUGAAGAGGCUGAGCCAGUUGUACAAGAUGUGUGUGAUCAGCUAAGACCAAUUCGAAGCAAUGCUGAUGGAAUUCACAUUGAGAAUGAAGAACCGUUAUCGAUGGGCACUACUUUGUUUGAACUCUAUUUGGCCAUGCAGCGACUGUCCUUCCUUGGGAGCACACUAUGCCCUAAUGAUCUUGAAUCUCUUGCAAUUGCCAAAUUUCACAAUUGGUUCCAUCGAGGUGUUGCUCAGUGGCUCGAAAUUGCAAGCUCUAAAGCCCUUCAACGUGUUACAAAAGCUGUAGAGCUGGAUACUCUAGUUCCUGUGGACUCAAGUGUAAAAUACAGCUCAUCAGCUGUUGACACAUUCGCUAUAUUUUAUCAGAUUAAAAUAUUUUGGCAGCAAUUGGCAUGGCCUGAUGUUGAAGGAUCCUAUACCUUUGUAGCAAAAAUUAUUGACGAUAUAUGCCGGUGCUCAGAAUUUUAUGCAGACAAAAUGAGUGAGAAGAUAGAUUCUUUCUCAGAAACCAAUCAGGGCACAGUUCACGAAAAAAGAUUUCAGGUGACCCAAGAGUGGUGCCUAGCAAUUAACAACAUUGAGUAUGUAAGGCAAAGUAUUCAGCCAUUUGUUGCUGAGCUCGGCAUGGACAAUAUCUUGGCAGCAUUGGCCGACUUCCAGUCUGCUUCAGCUGCCGAGCAAUGCAAAAAUACAUUACAUGGGAUAAUAGAAAACUCCAUUGACAUUGUUCACAAUAAAAUUGUGGAUUUAUUGUUGACAGUUGCCAACAAGAUGGAUCCAGCUAUCCAGCGUUUUCUGCAAGAAGGAGCUGACCUCUUGAACAAAGAUUGCAAUGCUGUGGACCGCCUCAUGCAGUAUUUGGAUGAAAACUUGGUCAUGCUUCAUUCAGAACUAAAUAGUGAAAAUUUUGAUAGAAUUCUGUCUAUAAUGUGGAAUAAUGUGUCAAACAUUCUCUCAGAACUUGUGAAAAAUAGCCUGGAAAAACGGAAACCACCGUCAUUCUUUUCCAAACUUCAUGAAACUCUUGAUAUCCUAAUAGGAUUCUUUAAGCAAGGAGAUCUCCAACAACAACUCCAAGAACAACAAAAAAUUGAACAGAUGAAUGGCAUGAAAGAGCAGGAGGAGUCAGUUGACUCACCAUUUGACAGCCAUGGGGAAUUAAGAAAGGUAGAACGUCUUUUACGUCUUCAUGGGAUGGAGACUCCAGACCUCACAUAUCAGUUUUAUGUGCAACGGCUGUUAGAACAAAGAAAACUCCAAUCCAUGGGUGACGCUCAUUAUCAAGGGCUUUUGACUAUUCGAGCUCAUUUUGUUGAAGAUGUCUUAACAAUUGAAAUUAUGAACGCUAGGAACAUUAAACCCAUGGAUUCAAAUGGUUCCUGCGAUCCCUAUGUCAAAAUUCAUCUUCUACCUGAAGACAAAUUUGGAAAUAUUCAAAAACCACGCACAAAGACACACAAAAAGAAUCUGUACCCAUUGUUUGAUGAGACUUUCAACAUUCCUGUAUCUGCAGACCAGAGAGCCCAAGGAAUCAUAGCAUUUAUCUUAAAAGAUCAAGAUUUUCUUGGUAUGAAUGAAUUCAUUGCUGAGGCGUUCCUUUCUUUUGAGGACAUACCAGUAAAUGAUUCCUCUGUUAGUCUUCAUAGUUUACCGCAAGUGCAUUUGAAAUUGCAUAGACCACAAAAUGUCCUUGAAUCGGAUGUAAUGAAAGCCCUUGAACAUCGCCAAGGAGACAAAUUAGCAAAAGACUUUGUGAAACGGCAAAGAGCUAAGUUCGGCGAGGGAAAACAACAAAAUGGGGGUAGCAGAUAGGUUGAAUACUACAAAGAUGCUGAGCAGUUGUGUCUGUAAACUGCCUACAUUACUUAUUUGUUUGAAAAUAAAGACUGGGGCCAUGUUCCUGGCCAAGUGCUGUAGUGAUAUUAUUUAUAUCACUGUCACGAUGACAGUGACAUUGCAUGAAUGUAUGUAUUUUUUUAUAAUGAUAAUUUUAUGUGAUGGCUUGUUUUCUGACAAGUAUUGUGCUUUAGGUUGCAAUCUGUUGCGCUAUUUGAAAACCCAACGACAUUAAAGAGGUUUAUUGCAUACCAUACUGGAAAUUUAUAUAAUUUAUAUAAUUUUAAAAAACAACAAAGAGAGUCUUAUGCAGUAUAUGAUUUAAGCAUCGACAGCAAUUUUAUUCUUAGCAUUUGUUCUGUAUUUCAUUUUUUAUUUGCUGCAAUAUUAAUGUGUAUGUCGACUGAUACUUUGUAGAAAACAAAUGAAUAAUUUAUUAUUAAAAUUAUUAUCAAACAAAA